CCCAGUUUGCACGCGCGGCCGCCGCCGGGGUCGCGCUGCGGCGGAGGGUCUUCUUCCACGCCUUGCCAAAGGACAACUUGGCGCCGGCGCCCUAUGCAUACAACUCGAUCAUAAAAUCGAGGGAGCUGUUCUGGAACAAGAUCGAUGCGGAGAACGUGCUACUGUUCCAGGUGGCCACGUCAGCGUCUCCAUUGGAUGACGCGACCUCAAUGGCACGCAGCCCGCACGCCCUAGAUGCUGCUGCAAACCCUGACUGA